GCAAUGCCAUACCUCCCAAAAUAGACAAGCUUAGCUCCUUUGCUCUCGCUGGCGCUCGCGCUCUCCCACUCUGUACCUGAAUAUCUGAACUCUAACCACAAUGAACUGACCGACGUCUUGUAAGAUGCGAAAGUGCUAUGACAUGAAGCUCCAACAAUUUCCCGCUAAGAAUGUAGCAGUCACCAUGUUAAACGCGAUUCAAAAUUCUAACACUCUUCCGGUGCUUUCAAAACCUAGAUUUGGAAAUGAGGAAUUUAUGGAAAAGAUACUCAACAGAAGAUGGACACUGCCAAGCCCUGAAACAAAGAUUCACCAAGUUAUAAUACCUAGACAUGGAUCAGAUGGUUGUAAUUUCCUAUUGAACACCGUUCCUGAUUUCGGUCAUGGCGCUAGGGAUAUGAAAAAUAAAGGGAAAUGCUUCUAUGUGGUGCGUGACGAUUUGUUGCACCCACUAAUUAAUGGCAACAAAGCAAGAAAGUUGGAUGGGUUGAUUCCCCUUAUUGAAGACCAUUCUGUGACUGAUGUGGUUACAUGUGGUGGUUGUCAAAGUGCUCAUACAGCUGCAAUUGCGGUUCUGUGUGCUGAGAGAGGAAUUGCAUCACACCUGCUUCUACGAGGAGAGCAGCCUGAAAUCUUAACUGGCUAUAACUUGAUGUCUACAUUAUAUGGAAAUGUCACAUAUGUUCCAAGAAAUAUUUAUGCCGACAGAGAAAACAUGCUUAAGGACUAUGCUAAGUCAGUGGCUGGUAACAGUGGUUCUGUCAUUUCGUUUGGCGAUAUCACUCAAAAUUUUUCAACAACAGAAUUGUCUACUGCAAAUUUGAUGGAAUUUGAUGUAAGUAGAAGUGACAGAAACCUUCAACGGAAAAUUUUAAUUGUCAAUGAAGGUGCAGGUGAUUCUGUAGCUCUACUAGGUAUGAUUCGGUUAGUGCAAUACUUAUCACAGAGUCAUUUACUUGGAAAAGAAAGGGCCUUGAAAUUUGUUAUAGAUGCUGGAACUGGCACAACAGCUGUUGGUUUAGGACUUGCAGCCCUAUGCUUAGGGCUUCCAUGGGAGGUACAUGCAGUCAUGCUGGCUGACAAAAUUGAUGGAUACAAACAACAGGAGGAACGUUUGAUUUCUGAAUUCCAGAACCAUUUUAAUGUUCAGUUUAGUGACCACAACAUAAAUGAAGAUGGUGGGAUUGUGUAUUGGGUGGAACGUGGUCGUCCAAGAAGAUUUGGUAAUGUUUUGGAAGGUGAGGUGGAAGCAUGCCAACAAAUUGCUCAGCAGACUGGGAUUUUGGUGGAUCCUGUUUACACAUUGGCCGCUUGGGAAACAGCAAUGCUCCUUUCUAGCAAAGAAGAUGAUAGAGAAUCAGAAGUGGUGAUGCUUCAUACCGGUGGCACGUUGGGCAUGUUUGGGUUGGCGCAAAGGUACAGGAAUUACUUUGGCAUGCUCCAGAAAGGACCCAACUGUUCUUAAAAAGUUUCUAGCUGCUACCCUUUGGCUAUAGAAUUAUAGCAAGAGAUUCUGCAUAUAUCUUAAAUGGUUCCAUUUGGAAGACAUUGAAGUUCUAUUCACCUGGAGAUUGGUGUGUGCUUCUUCAGUUAUUCUAGUCUGACACUGAUGAUAAAUCAUCCUUUAGUUUACGGACAAAUUGAAGAGUUUUUCUGAACUCCAAAGUAACUUUCAUUUAUAUUGUAUAGGAAAUCAAUACUACUUUAUCUGUGUAUGUAUCUGAUAUGUUUCCUGCAGCCAUUUCAUAGGGUUAUGGUUCCGUGGGAAUUUGAAGGUUUAGAUCCGUUUGGUUUCUCUUUUAUAUUGAUAAAAUUGUUUAUCAAGUUAAAAAUGAUACAUAAAUAAAAAAGUU